UUAAAAAAAGUUAAGAUUAUUUUAGGGUUUCCAAACUUUUGAUAAUUUAAAAUUUUAAUUUCAUUGAAAUUAUUGUAAAAAUGUGGGAAAAAGUUGUUAUUUUGUGUUUGAUAGUAAAUUUAAUUGCGUGUCACAAUAUUGGUAAAAGUGAUGAAGCUACCACUGAUUUAGAAAUUUUUCACAAUGAUAUGAAACAACUACUUGAGCUGUGCUUUCCUGAUAAAUUGAACCCUGCGGUUAUAACUGUUGACUUGAUUGACAUCAUGUUCGAAAUUUCAAUAAACGAAGUGGUCAACGCGUCGAUUGUAACAAUCGAUUAUAAUUUUAAGUCAACUGAGAUGAAAUGGCACUAUCCAAAUAAUCCCUCGUACAUUCUAUCAGCAGAGUCUGAUAGAAAACUAAAAGCUCUUCUUCACGAAAUAAAAUCGUCGAUUAUUUGGAACGUCGAGUCAAUGGUUUUCGUUGUUGGUGAAAACUGUGGAAAGGCAAUGAAAGUUCUGAGGAUGGUGUGGGAUAUUGAAGCCCUUGGAUCAUUUUACGUUUGUCGAGAUCAAGUCAACAAAACUACGAUGGUGUAUACAUUCAACCCCUACACUGAUAGAGCACCGAAACCCUGGAGUAGAGUUAAGAAAAAAUCGAAAGAUAAUAGAUGGACAUUGUAUAUGCAGAUAUUUAAAAAUGAUUCGGAGUCGUGUCAAAGUUAUCAUUUUGACAAAACCCGAAGUCUGGACGGUUAUCCAGUUAAAGGUUAUGAACAAAACUCACUAAUUGCUGAAAUUUCAUCAAAUGAAUUUACACCUGUACCACUCAACUGGCAAAUCGGAAACCCAUAUUUCGUUUUUGAAAACAUAUUUUCAAUGUUGAAUGUCACACCGGUGAUGAACUACUAUAUAGUCGGUGAUGUUCCACAUUCUGCCAGAACUAAAAAAUUAUUUAAUAAUAAAACUUACGAUGUAUGGAUGACUUUAAAACCGCUUGAUCUACUUUAUUACGAAUAUCUCGAUAUUAUUCCGCUAUACUCGGAAGAAGGCUUCACUUUGGUAACCAACUCGCGUUCUAUUCCAAUCCUUGAGGAAAUUGUCGACAGCAUGUUCAGUUAUCAAACUCUGAUACUCUCGAUUAUUAUUCUAAUUAGUAUUUUUAUACUUAUUUUAGUCAAUAAUAAGUUCAAUUUUAUCGAAACCUUGUUCGAUAUCUUGUUGUUGGUAUUGAAUAUGGGGAUGAGGACACCCAUAGAACGUUUGUUUAUGCGUAUUACUUUUCUAUCCGCAUCUUUAUUUAUGUUGAUGUUUAAUCCGGCAUUAGAGGGUCAACUUAUGGCAAUGCUGGCAAAACCGAGUUACCGUAGGGUUGAAAAUUUAGAUGAUUUACAUUCAAAUGAAUAUAAAGUCUUCUUCGACGAUAGAAUCCGCGGUCAUAUAGCUGACACAAAUAUGGUCAAGUGA